UCAUCAUACAGCCAGCGAACGCCUCUACGUGCUUUUCCAUUCCAUCAGAGCUAAGAAGAGAUUCGUCGACUCGUGCGCUGCCUAUUUGUCAUCUGUUUCAACAAUCAUUUUGCGGGUUUACGGCAACGCACGCCACUGCAGGCUGUCAGUGGUUGUGAGACGGAGCAUAGAACACAGAGGUGUGGUAAUAAGUUGCAAUCAUUGCAAUAAAUUGACGACCGUUCGUGUGCUAAAGUAGUAGGCUCUGUACUGUGACAGUUGAACGAGGUGUGGGGAGUUCCGGUGGGAUCAUUUAACCCGUUACUUUGAGGCACAACUUUUCGCUACAGAUAAUUAAUGAACGACAGGAUGAGUAGUUUUGUAAGGAACUGUGGCGUUGCUAAUACUAAUAGCUAUAACUGGAAAAAUCUUUCAUAAUCGGUUGUAAAAUAUCAUGUUGGUCCUGCUGCUGCUGCUGCUUUGACGGUGACGAUUGCAUAGCCGUGCAGAACAUCGAACGAACGUUAGGGAGCGCAGAAAGUAGAAGUGGAUUGGACACAAGUUAUCAUGGAGGGACCAGAGGUCACAUUCCUAUUUCAAUUUGGUUUGACGCGCGACACUGUAACGGUCGAAGCGAGUGCCUUAACGCUGAAGGCUCUGAAAGACUUUGCUUGUGAUUUUGUGAACGUUAAAUGUCCCGAUCAUGGGUUGAGUCGUCUAAAUGAAAGGCUGCUACUUUUCAAACAUGAUUACAACUCUACCAACAUUCUUCAGCGUAUUACAAAUGCAACCGAAGUUGUAGAUGAAACUUUGGUGGAAAUAGUACUGACUGCACAAGUGCCAAGCGAAGAAGUUCCGAUACGACCUCAUGCUUUGACCGUUCAUUCAUACAAAGCUCCAACUUUUUGUGACUUUUGUGGUGAAAUGCUUUUUGGCCUGGUUCGUCAAGGACUAAAAUGUGAAGGAUGUGGAAUGAACUAUCACAAAAGAUGUGUGACCAAAAUUCCUAACAAUUGUUCAAAUGAUGAAAAUCAGAGAAGACGUAGCUCCACAUUCCUAAAUGUUCCGAGAUCUCCGAGCCAAGGAUCAACGAGCAGUUUGGCUAGUGCCAGUGAUGACAAUAACACAAAUCUCAGUACAAGCACUACUUCGCACGCAAGCCUGAGUAAUAGCACGCUUGUAAUUCCUAAUAUAUUGGCAGCUAAGCAAUCUUCGCGCUCGCCAUCAUUAGGGGGACGUCCAGUCUGGGUAGAGCGCGAACUCGCAUCCCGUAUCAAAAUACCGCAUACAUUUGUUGUGCAUACUUAUACUCGGCCCACGGUUUGCGGGCUUUGUAAAAAACUGCUGCGUGGGUUGUUCAAACAGGGCUUACAAUGCAAGGAUUGUCAGUACAAUGCUCAUAAAAAAUGCAUUGACAAAAUUCCUAAGGAUUGUACCGGUGAGAGUCCAAGGGAUAAUGCAGGUGGUGAGUAUCCGGAUAGCGGCGUUGGCAGUGAACCGGAGGGUCGAUCUGACGGUCGAAGCGAAGAAGGGGAUGCUGACAGUGAUACAGAAUCUUCGUUGCCGCCUCCACAUUCUUCAUAUACUACAGACUUCAGCAACCACCACAAUGGAGGGUGCAAUUCCGAUCUUGUACCAAGUCAUGAGGACAUCUCAUCUGACGAAUACCAAAAGAUUAGACCCUCCAGCUCCUCACCGAGUAACAACAUUCCACUUAUGCGAAUAGUGCAAAGUGUUAAACAUACGAAACGGCGUGGUUCCAAAGUUCUCAAGGAAGGAUGGAUGGUACAUUUUACGAGUCGUGAUCCAAUGAGGAAACGGCAUUAUUGGAGACUGGAUACAAAAGCUAUUACAUUGUUUCAAAGCGAUAGUGGUUCAAAGUAUUACAAAGAGAUACCACUAGCAGAAAUCUUGGUGAUCGAUACCGCCAGAACAACACAUUCCAAUUCGAUGCAUUGUUUCGAGUUAAGAACUGCAAACAUCGAUUACUACGUUGGCGAAGACCCACUUUAUGGAGGGGGCACUGGACAAUUACCUCCACCAGAGAGUGGCGUCGGUGCACAUUUGGCCAGAUCAUGGGAAACAAGCAUUCGGCAAGCUUUGAUGCCGGUAACAUCGGCGGCAUCAAGCCAAGAACAAUCAACAGAGCCAGAGGAAUGUGUCACCGAUAUGUCACAGUUAUAUCAAAUUUGUCCUGAUGAGGUUCUAGGGUCUGGUCAAUUUGGUAUAGUUUACGGAGGAACAUAUCGCAAAACGGGUCGAGCAGUAGCAAUUAAAGUGAUUGACAAGUUACGAUUCCCAACUAAGCAAGAGGCACAACUUAAAAAUGAAGUUGCAAUACUGCAGAAUCUAUCUCAUAGCGGAGUCGUGAAUCUAGAAAGGAUGUUUGAAACACCGGAACGAAUAUUUGUAGUGAUGGAAAAAUUAAAAGGAGAUAUGCUCGAGAUGAUUUUGAAUUCCGAAAGAGGACGUCUCAGUGAACGUAUCACAAAAUUUUUAAUAACGCAAAUUCUAAUCGCAUUGAAACAUUUACAUAGCAAGAAUAUUGUCCACUGCGAUUUGAAACCAGAGAAUGUUUUACUAAGCAGUAACAGUGAUUUCACUCAAGUGAAGCUCUGUGAUUUUGGAUUCGCAAGGAUAAUUGGAGAAAAAAGUUUCAGAAGAAGUGUUGUCGGUACUCCAGCUUACUUGGCUCCAGAAGUAUUAAGAAAUAAAGGUUACAAUAGAUCCUUAGAUAUGUGGAGUGUCGGCGUUAUUGUUUAUGUAUCACUUAGCGGUACAUUUCCAUUUAACGAAGAUGAGGACAUCAAUGAGCAGAUUCAGAAUGCAGCUUUUAUGUACCCGCCAACUACUUGGCGGGAAAUAUCCUCCGAUGCGAUCGAUCUGAUCAAUAAUUUGCUACAAGUUAAACAACGGAAGCGGUACACGGUCGACAAAAGUUUACAACACGUCUGGCUGCAGGAUUAUCAAACUUGGUGUGAUCUCAGAGAGCUCGAAGCGCAGGUUGGUUGCCGUUAUUUGACUCACGAAAGCGAUGACGCACGUUGGAUUUCGUACGCUAAUCAACAACGGACAUGACAAAACUUUUCUCCUAACGUGACUAUUGAAUCACCAACUUCAACAUCGACAUUGCAUAAAGGUUGGGCUCGGAGCGCUCGAGCUACCUUGAAGCGUUUUAUUCGCACCUGACAAAGCAGAGAUAUUUGAACUGCAUUACGUUUGGAAUGUCUUCAAUGUUUGCUCUCAAAGUUCAUUCAUUCAAAAAAUAUCACACGUAUUCCAGAAGCAUUUCUUGCAAGCUCACUCGUAGUUCAUUUGCAACAUUACUGAUAAUCACACUUUCUAUUCAUUCCUACCAUAUUAAUGGAUAUUUUAGUAGUAUGUAUUAAUGCAUGUAUCUGUUUGAAUCAAUUAUAAUCAUAUACCUGAAAGUAACAGCUGAGCGGUGGCUAGAGAACAGUUUAUAUCUUGCUCAUGAAACAAAAUCGGCGUUGAUUACGAUAUCAAUAUUUUUGCUCUCAUCAUUUCAUUUGCGAUAAAUCGGUCGAUAGCCAGCGGUACAGAAGCUCUGGAUUACGAUUUUUCCAUUAGUUCGAUCGAUCGGUGCAUUUUUUAGCAUCGAUCGUUGCAUUUUUUUUGGAUUGGGUGAUACAGGUCACCUAUAUUAUGAAACCAAUGGCACUGAUGAAAAUAUGAUAAUAGUUCGAUAGUUAGACCACAUUUUGGAUAAAUUUGAACAAAAAUUUUUUUUGAAAAAAAGUUGUAACAAUGACAGACGGUGACACCUCUAUUUAUUUUAAAAUCACCAUGAGCGCGAAUCAUCAUUCUCAGAUGUUAUGAUAAUUUUAAGAAUCUCUAAGUUGUGACCUGGUUGUGGGAUCUGAUUAAUUUUAAUUCGCUUAGUGUAAUUUUCAACAACUGUUCAAUCAGUCUAGAAAUUCUGAGAAAAUUUAGUACCAUCUUCUGGAUUGAUUGUACACAAUAUUAUUACUACGUUUAUCAAUAAUUCUUGUUUGAUGCAUUAUAUAUUUUAUUUGAUGCUCAGAGUACACUAAAGAUACGCGAAGCUUCCCAGGAGUUGGUGGAGUAAUUUAUGCGUAGGAGUAACUUACGAAUCACUACAUUCUGCAGAACGUUCAAAUCAUUGCUCAAGGGGACGUUUGAGAAAUCCAAUAGACUCCUAUAGGACUUUGGAAGGCUCAGACAUUCAUAAACUUUUAUUUUUUAACAUCUGUUGCUUGAGUGAUAAACUACAUACUUCGUUGCUGAAAAGCAUCACAUCGCCUCGGCUGAUGUAAAAUAUGUAUUGUGGAGAUCUAGCGAUCUGAAAUCCUCCCUGAAUUUAUCGAAUUCAACCAAACUCCUGAGUUUAUGAACAAAAAAAAAAAUUUAUUCCCUGAAUUUCAGCCUAUUUAAAGGUGUACAUAACCCAUUAUCUUCUGCUUGUUAUGAUGACGAAUAAAGUUUCUAGAUUUUGUCUUUACUCGAAAGCGAUUGUAGUUGAGAAAACAACAGGUCCUGGUACGCUAUCUUUUUCAUCAUUAAUGAACGUAUAUUCGAUACUUGGAUUUUUUUUUGUCACAUAUGCGUGAUUUUUCCAGGCGAUGAAGAUAUGAAACUGAAUUAUUUAUGCCCGGUAUUCAAUUGCAGUGUUGAAGGAUCGUGUUUUUUGAAUUUCCGUUCGUAUCUUCUCUCAAAUAAAUUGGCGAUCUGAGAAUCCUCAUUAUGCUAUACAGAGACUGCAGCAGGUAAAAUGAUUAUGUACAAUAGCAUGAUGUAGUUCUUAACGGACACGAUAAAUAAGCAUUGAUAAAUUUAUAUCCUAGUUGAGUUUUUGACAAUUUUUCUUCGUUACAUUAAUAACUUUACACGUAUUUUCAUAUUAGUCGAAUGCUUAUACUCAGCAUGAAAUAUGUAUGUAUGUAUGUAUGUAUGUAUUAUUAUUAUAUUAUUUUAAAUUUAUUUAUAUUCAUUUUUUAUCAACAUUCACAUUCUGAAUAUCUAAGAGAUCACAUCCACCGAUUUUCAAAUAUUCUCACCAUCGUAGACUAAAAAUUCAAGCGCGAUUAUGUAUGGUGAAAGUUGGGGAUUCCAAAUAAAUUUUAUCACAAAUCGUUGCGGAAAAUUUUGUUGAAUAACCAUGUGAAAUUGAUCAUUUUUAAUAAUUCGGAUAUCCAUUUAAGCUUAAGUCCGAAACAACUGCUUGCUUACACAAGACUGCUCUCGCCAUCCAGAUACAUGUAAAUAGUUAUUCGUGAAAGAUUUCGUUAGACGGAAGAGGCCGUUGAUUUUUUGAUACAAAAAUGAAAUUGGUGCUUUGACUUGAUGAAUGAAGUCUUGUCCAACUUUUCAAUAACUUUUCUGGCUUUAAAUUAGCUUUAGAGAUUUCGAAGCAAAAGUAUGUAUUUGCAAUCUAUGAAACUUAAUAGACUUGUUCAAGGAAGAUAAUGGAUAUAUUUGCUCUCCAUUCACCUUCUUCAAUUAAGUAUCUCGAGUAAAGUAAUUCGUAAUUUCACGAUAAUAUUUGCCUGACAAAAAAUGUCUUUUGAGAGUGAGUAAGAUUUUUAAGUAAGCAAAGAUUUACCUUGUCAGGGAUCGCUGAUACUGCCGAACUAAUAUACCAAUUAUUCCUAUAUAUAAAAGCAAGAAGGCGUGCAUACAUUUGUAUGCCACCACGUAUUAUAGGCACGAAAGUUUCAAACGCUGAAUUCCUGUAGUCACCUCUUAAGAGGUGUUAGUGUUUACGGUGAUUGAAUUCUAUUAGUCUUCCAAAGUUGUUACUUAUUACAUAGAAAUAGCUCUUCAUGAAAAUUAUUUUUGUUUUUGAUAGUAUACAUUGUAUUCUGCGAUGGAUUCGAUUACGUAAUACUCACGCUUUAGAGAAUAAUUUUUCUCAGAAGUUUGGCACUGUGUUACAGUCUUCUAAAUUAUCUGCAAUAUUUAUAAUUGAAAUCCCUAAGCCAUGUCUUUAUGUUAUCUGAUAUGCUGGCUAUAAAUAAAUCAUACACUAAAUUGCUGUAGUUGCAUAAGGAUUAAGACUUAUUAAGAGGCUAUCUGGAAUGCUCCGACAGCUUUAAAAAACGUGACUUGUAAUUUACUUGUACUACUAUUUUUCAAUGGUUGUUGUAUGAAAUUUUUGAGAAACGAUACAUGAGUCUGGUAUAAAUCGGCCAAGUCCUUCACUCUUUCUGAAUUUUGAAAAUAUUUCUACUCAUACCGAAAAGGAAUCACGUUUUAAAAACGAUGAGUGCAUCUCCAAAAUAGCCUCUAAACACGUGCAAGGGCCUAAUGAUUAAUUAGAGAGAGCAGAUCGAGCAAUAUCCAAUUGUAUUAUUGCCUCGUUUCUAUAGAUGAUGAUACAUUUGUCUUAAUUAUAUCGAACAUUAGCCUAGAAACGAAAUAAAUAAUUCACCGUGCUACAAUAAAUAAUGCGUAUUGCUGAAUUUACAGUACUACCAGAAGGUUGUUCAUGAAUCAAAUUUGAAAAAUACAUGGAAAGAAUAACGAAAAUAAAUUUGAAAUAAUAUUGAGUAAAUACACAGUUUAAGCAAAUAUGUAAUCAUUUAUGUAAUUCUGUAAGGGCACAAGAUAUAAAUAAAUUGUUUUAUACUCUCAA